AUGAAGUCAGAAGUUGUCUUUCUAUAUAUUCUACUUGGUCUUGGAAAACUUUGCAUUUCCACUAGCCUGAAACGGUCGAAACGAGUUGCCCUCUUUGAUGGUCAAGGCGUCAAUAAAUUUGUCAUGGGUUUCGCCUAUCCCGUGCCACAGGAAGAUAAGCAGCAGUCAUUUUGGGCUUUUGUAAAUUACCAACAUCAAUAUCAACCAGCAAACGCACCAAUUUGGUGGUGGAGUUUUUGGAAUACUUCAACUUUCGUAUCCACAGCUAGAGAAUGGCAAAAUAGUCUGUAUACAGAUGAGUCGCGUUCUUGGAUCUAUGAUGUCAUUGAAACGGGCCUAGAACAAUUGAAUUUAGGUGGAGAUAGUAAAACUUGUCUAUUAAGAGGCAUCUGUGAGAUAAGCCAAUUACCUUUCCAAAAUGAUGACAUAUUCACCGAAAUAUUUAAUGCUGUGUUGAUACCCACUCUAGAUAAUGUGGCCGAUAGAUAUCUACAUGCUCGAAAUGCUGGACGAGCUGGAGCGGAUUGCAUUAGGACGUUUAACCAAUGCGAUUUAAAAACUUGGCACUGGCUUUCCAAAGUUGUCAAAAUGACAAAUUAA